CUCUGAGGAUCUUCCUCCUGCGCUUCCUUGAGAAGAAAGCGUGAAAUGUGCAGCGAGGGCCUUAAGGAGCCCCAAACGAGAGCUAAGGAUGCUCUGGCGGUAAUGACACAAGACGCGCUCAUUCACGUCUCUCCGUUUUGAGUCAAUCGGCUGGGGCGAGCCCGCGCGCGACUCUCUCGCGGACUCCCUCUCAGCCCAGCUCGUGCCCAAAUAGAGCCUGGCGGCCGGCGCGCGCUUCCUCCCUCCCUUCCUUCCUCCCUCCCCCCCGCGACGAGGAGCGCGCGCCCUUUUCGCGCUCGCGGCUGUUUCCUUCCCCUCGGCACGCAGCACGCACCCAGCGACAGCUCCACAGCUUGGGAGUGAAUUUGGGCUGAGGCUGGCAAAGUCUUUCUCAGAGAUGGACUUCUCAAGUCAGUUCUCGCAAGGUUCCUGCUAAGGAAUUAUCGUCCUCCCUCUCCGGCUGCAUUCGGAAGCCUUCCAGACCUCAGGCUGGAGCUCUUUCCCCAGUGAGACGAAGCACGGCUUGCUCGGGGAAUAGACACAACAGUAGUCAAGGUUGGGGUGGAAAAGGGAAAAAAACCCCCACAAAAAACAAAACCCAAGACGGUUUGGAAAUGCGAAUCCUUCGGCGUUUGCUGCUCGUCUCCGUCCAGCUCUUCUGCCUCUGCCGAAUAGAUUUGGCUUCUGGAUAUUUAAGGCCACAGCGAAAACUUAUUGAAGACGUUGACUGGUCCUAUUCAGGAGCAUUAAAUCAGACAAGCUGGGGGAAAAAAUAUCCAGCAUGCAAUGGUGCCAAACAAUCACCUAUUAAUAUUGACGGGGAUCUAACUCAAGUAAAUGUGCAUCUUAAGCAUCUGAAAUUCCAAGAUUGGGAAAAUGAAACAUCAGAAGAUACUUUAAUCUACAAUACAGGCAAAACAGUGGCAAUUAAUCUGACAAAUGCAUACUUUGUUACUGGAGGAGGCUUAGAAACUAUAUUCAAAGCAAGCAGGAUAACAUUUCACUGGGGGAAAUGCAAUAUAUCACAUGAUGGAUCUGAACAUAGUAUAGAUGGACAAAAAUACCCUCUUGAGAUGCAAAUCUACUGUUAUGAUGCAAAUAAGUUCAAGGAUAUAGAUGAAGCAAUUGAAGGAAAUGGGAGAUUAAGAGCUUUAUCAAUUUUAUUUGAGGUUGGUCUGGAAGAUAAUAUGAAUUACAAUUCAAUUAUUAAUGGAGUUGACAGUGUUCGCCGUUUUGGGAAGAAAGCUAAACUGAAACCUUUCAUCUUGUCGAACCUUUUGCCAAAUUCAACAGACAAAUAUUACACUUACAAUGGAUCUUUAUCAACUCCACCGUGCUCAGAGACAGUUGAAUGGAUUAUAUUCAAAGAUACUGUUAAUAUUUCAGAAAACCAGCUUUCAAUAUUCUGUGAUGUCCUUACCAUGCAACAGUCUGGUUAUGUGAUGCUGAUGGACUACCUGCAAAAUAAUUUUCGAGAGCAACAGCAUCAGUUUUCUGGCCAGGUGUUUUCCUCAUAUACUGGAGAGGAAGAAUUUCACGAAGCAGUUUGCAGCUUAGAACCAGAAAAUGUCCAAGCUGAUCCAAAGAACUAUACCAGCCUUCUAGUUACUUGGGAAAGGCCACGAGUUGUGUAUGACACAAUGAUUGAGAGAUUUGCUGUUUUCUACCAACAGCUGGAAGGAGAAGACCAGACAAAGCAUGAAUUUCUAACAGAUGGGUAUCAGGACCUGGGAGCUAUUCUGAACAAUCUGCUGCCAAACACAAGUUAUGUUCUUCAGAUAGUUGCUGUUUGUGCUAAUGGUCUCUAUGGAAAGUAUAGUGAUCAAGUGAUCGUUGACAUGCCUUUGGAUGAUCCAGAAAUUGAAUUUCCUGAACUGACUGAAGAUUAUGAGGAGGAAGAUUCAAUGGAAGAGGAAAGAGCAGGGUUGGGUGAAGAAGCUGCAGUAAUUGCCAGCACAGAUAGUGUGACGAACGAAAUAAGGAAAAAAGAAUUCCAGGUUACUACAUCUACCUACAGUCAGGAAAGAAUGGGGACAAAAUUCAAUGAAGCUGGAACACACAGAUAUAUAGCAAGAGAGGAAGACUCGUAUGGAAAAAAUGAUCAAUCCAAAGCAACUUUUUAUUCAACAUCUCAGCCUAUCGCUGAAGUACCAAAGGAAGAAGAGGAUGAUUUUAUGGAAUCUCAAGCAGUUACUGCAAUGGUCCCUCCAGCAAGCAGCUCCACCAAAGGUAAUGGGGAAGACUAUGCACACACUUUUUCUUACAAUGAGACCACAAGAGCAUCUGCUGCUGAUAAUAAUGAAGAUGAUAUAGAAGUGUCUGCUUUUAAGCCUGAUCUAGACACUGAUGACUCUUGGGGUUCCAUUUCUACCACUUCUGCUACAUGGUUAGUCACUGCGGAGACAUCUCAGGAAAACAUCAUUAGUUCAGGAAGCCCAGAAAUAAGCAUGCACGAAGAUCUCUCUCAAGACUAUAUCAAAAUUCCAUCAGAAGAUUUAACUUCUCCAAGAGCUGAAGAAUCUGCAGAGAAAAUACCUGCAGUCAAUGAGAAUUUGUGGUAUCAUAAUAGUACAGAUAUUACUGCUGUUCCAUUGGAUAGUCAGCAGUUUUUUCACUCUAGUUCCCCAAAUCCUGCUACAGUGCCUUAUCCCAAUGGUCCACUGGUGUCACAAGAUACUUCAGUUACGGAUAUAGGAUUGCCACAUUCUUCUACCUUUGCUUUCUCCCCUACUGAGUUGUCAUCUUAUUCUGUCUCUUCAAAUUCUGAGGAACAUGACUCUGCUUCUGCUGCCAGUGAGGUAGUCUCUCAGACAACUCAACCAGUGUAUAAUGGUGAGAUACCACUUCAACCUUCCUACAGUAGUGAAGUGUUUCCUCUAGUCACCCCUUUAUUGUCUGACGCUCAGAUGCUCAACACUUCCCCUGCUGCAUCAAGUAGUGAUGUGACCUUGCAUGCUACACCUGUUUUUCCCAGUGUUGAUGUGUCAUUUGAAUCCACCCUGUCUUCCUAUGAUGAUGUACUUUUGCUUCCAUUUUCCUCUGCUUCCUCCAGUAGUAAAAUGUUUCACCAUCUGUAUAUGGUUUCUCAAACAUUUCCACAAGCUACUCCAACUGCUGAGAGUGAUAAGGUGUCCCUGCAUGCUUCUCUGACAUUGGCGGAGGGUGGCAUAUUAAUGCAGUCAAGCCUCACUCAGUUUUCUGAUGUGACAUCACAUCAGAUGGUCGGUGCUGCUUCAGAGACAUUGAUAUUUGGUCAUGAUAGAACUCACUUGUUGUCUCAAGUUGAACCAUCCAGCAAUGAUUUAAAUGUGCAUGCACUGUCUACAAUGUCUGAACUUACUUAUGCUUUAUCUAGUAAUGUGGGCUCUCUCCAAACUGUUGCUGCUUCCUAUUUUUCUUCAGAAUUUGUGCAUGAUUCUGUUGGCACAUUUCAGCAGGGUCCAUUGUUUAGCAGCUAUAGCAAUGUGCUGGUGCAUAAGCCUUCUUCUGCAAUAUCGCAAGCUGACACUUUGCUGCCUACAUGCUCUCUAUCUAGCAAAAUGGAUUGGUCUGAAGUAUAUUCUGGUAGUGAGUCCCUUUUGCCUGACACAGAUAUUUUGACCAUACUUAAAGCCUCUUCACAUGAUUCUUCAGGUGAAUUGAUAUGCGGCACAUCUGGGUUUAGUGGUGAUGUUGAGAUGCCUCACAAAAAAAGUGUAAUAUAUGGAUAUGAAAGAGAACUGCAAAUUUCUUCUUUCAGUGAAAUGGCUUCCCCUGCUGAAAGUGAAAUGACUGAACUUCCAACAACAGUGCCUAAUGAUGAAAUUACUAAGCAGGAUAAAACUUUAGAAGAGAUCCUCAGUACUGUUUCUAGCGCAAAGGGAAUCCUUCCAGUAUCUAUUGCUUUUCCAGUUACUAAGGUGUUUGAUUAUGAUGUUAGUAAACGCUCAGAAAAUCAUGUUCCUGUUCAGCCUUUGCAUGUUACAACACCAGCCUUUGAUGACACUUUGCUUAAGCCUUUGCUUAGUGCAAUCUCAGAGCAAGCUUUUUCUACCCCUGCUUCUAGCACAAUAUCGUCUCCUUCCUCCCAGCAGUAUUUUUAUGAGGCUUCAGCUACAUUAAAUAGUGCAUUGCUGCAAACUUUCUUUCAGCCUUCUAAUGAAGGUACACUGCUUAGAACAUCUGUAACUGUGCCUAGUGAUCCAGCAUUGAUUGAAAAAACCACAAGGGUAUCCACUGGUAGUUCUACAUUUGACCAAAUAUUGCACCAAAUGGCAUCAGAUUCUGCUGAGAAUAAAACAGUGCUGCGUUCUACAUCAGCACCAUCCACUGUAAAUAUAACACAUACUGCCAAUGUCCCCACAGAUUCAACAGAAGGUUUAACUGUUUCCUAUAUAAGUGAUGAACACAUUUCACCCAGUUUGCUUAACAAUGAAGACAUACAUCAGGUUGCUCCUUCAUUGUACAAUAACGAUGUGUCGUAUCUGUCAACCGAUUUAGAAAAUGCAAGUGCCUUACCAUUCAAAGCAGUGAACACAGUGACUGUCCCUUUCUUGUCAACUGAUAUAUUACCAAAUACAGCCACUUCUGCUAACAGCCAUAGUCUUUCACGUGUUGCUCAGAAGGAUGAGUUCCUCACUUUUUCCUCAAGUGCUAAUACGGUUGAUACUACAGUUUCUGUGCCUGAAAUCAUUUCUGGUUCUGUUCAUCAUGCCUUUACAAAUAUAUCAGAUAUUUAUAUUUCUGUUAAAGUUAAUUCUCCCAGCAAUGAUGAUGAUAUAUCUUUGAACACUUCAUUGGUUCCCACUAAAGUAACCCCUAAGUUAUCCUCCAUGACUAGUUCUGAUACUGAUUUGUGGUCCUCUAUGGUUGAUGAUGAUUAUGAUGAGUAUGAUAGUGGCUUUCCUGUAAAUGGUUGUCACAAAUGCAUUUCCCAUAGAGAAACUCAGGAAGAGGUAGAUGAGCCAGAUACACAGGUAAAGAGUGUGAACAAUCAGCAUAAUCUAAUUAUAAAUUCACAUUUUCAAACACCUAAAGAAGAAGAGAAGAAAACCACAAAUGCUCUGUCAGACCAUAUGAUAAUCCAUGAGGUGGACCAGCUGAAGUACACUCCAGUCCCAGCAGUGGCUUCCAGUAUGAAGAUUAAGGAACACAGUGAUGCAGCCAUGUUGGAUAACCACAUCCAGACUGUUAGCAACCCACUGCAAAAUGAAUCAAAGUCUAAAUCAUGGGCAGUUUUUACAAGUGAUGAAGAGAGUGGUUCUGGUCAAGGUAUCUCAGAUAGCCUUAAUGAUAAUGAGACUUCAACAGAUUUCAGUUUUUCUGACCUUAAUGACCGUGACUCUGAGGGGGAAGUUGGAGCAGGUAACUCAGAAUUAACUUCUGGAUCACAACAGUCACCAGUAGCAUCCAUACCUAGUGGUCACUCCUCAGUAUUCAACGUUUCUGAGGCAGAGGCAAGUAAUAGUAGCCUUCAGUCGCUUAUUGGUCUCGCAGAACAGAAGACAGUUAUACCUCUUGUGGUCGUAUCAGCCCUGACUUUCAUCUGUCUAGUGAUUCUUGUUGGUAUUCUCAUAUACUGGAGGAAAUGCUUUCAAACUGCACACUUCUAUUUAGAAGAUAACACCUCACCUCGGGUGAUAUCCACUCCCCCAGCUCCUGUCUUCCCUGUCUCAGAUGAUGUUGGAGCAAUCCCAACAAAGCAUUUUCCUAAACAUGUUGCGGAUUUACAUGCCGGUAAUGGGUUUACUGAAGAGUUUGAGAUACUGAAAGAGUUUUACCAGGAAAUCCAGAACUGUACAGUAGAUCUAGGCAUUACAUCAGACAGCUCUAAUCAUCCAGACAACAAGAAUAAGAAUAGAUACAUAAACAUUGUUGCCUAUGAUCACAGUAGGGUUAAACUUGCUCAGCUUGCAGACAAGGAUGGAAAGCUUACCGACUACAUUAAUGCCAAUUAUGUUGAUGGAUACAACAGACCGAAAGCUUAUAUUGCAGCUCAAGGGCCUUUGAAAUCAACAGCUGAAGAUUUCUGGAGAAUGAUUUGGGAACAUAAUGUGGAAGUCAUUGUUAUGAUAACUAAUCUUGUUGAGAAAGGAAGGAGAAAAUGUGACCAGUACUGGCCUGCUGAUGGUAGUGAAGAAUAUGGAAACUUUUUAGUCACUCAGAAGAGCAUUCAUGUGCUUGCUUAUUACACAGUGAGGAAUUUCACUAUUAGGAACACCAAGGUGAAAAAGGGCUCUCAAAAAGGAAGAUCUAGUGGCCGUGUAGUUUCCCAGUAUCAUUAUACUCAGUGGCCUGAUAUGGGUGUUCCUGAAUACACGUUGCCAGUACUCGCAUUUGUUCGAAAGGCAUCAUAUGCUAAACGUCAUGCUGUAGGACCAGUUGUCGUUCACUGCAGUGCUGGUGUUGGAAGAACAGGCACAUACAUAGUAUUAGACAGUAUGCUACAGCAAAUUCAGCAAGAAGGGAUGGUCAACGUUUUUGGCUUCCUGAAGCACAUACGAACACAAAGGAACUACUUGGUACAAACAGAGGAGCAGUAUGUCUUUAUUCAUGACGCACUUGUGGAAGCCAUACUUAGCAAAGAAACAGAAGUACCUGAAAGUCACAUUCACGCCUACGUUAAUUCUCUCUUAAUACCUGGACCAAUGGGGAAAACGAGGUUAGAGAAACAAUUCAAGCUUCUGAGCCAGUCUAAUAUACAACAGUGUGAUUAUUCUGCUGCUUUGAAACAAUGUAACAGAGAAAAAAACAGGACCUCAUCCAUCAUUCCAGUGGAAAGAUCUAGAGUUGGUAUUUCAUCAUUAUCUGGUGAAGGUACAGACUACAUUAAUGCUUCCUAUAUUAUGGGUUAUUAUCAAAGUAAUGAAUUUAUUAUUACCCAGCAUCCCCUGCUACAUACUAUCAAAGAUUUCUGGAGAAUGAUAUGGGAUCACAAUGCUCAGAUAAUCGUCAUGCUUCCAGAUAGCCAGAAUAUGGCUGAAGAUGAAUUUGUGUACUGGCCAAACAAAGACGACCCUAUCAAUUGUGAGAGCUUUAAAGUCAGUCUGAUUUCUGAAGAACACAAAUGUUUGUCAAAUGAAGAAAAGCUUAUUAUCCAAGACUUCAUUCUAGAAGCUACACAGGAUGACUAUGUUCUUGAAGUCAGGCAUUUUCAGUGUCCGAAAUGGCCAAAUCCAGAUAGCCCUAUUAGUAAAACAUUUGAACUUAUAAAUGUAAUCAAAGAAGAAACUUCCAACAGAGAUGGACCCAUGAUUGUGCAUGAUGAGCAUGGAGGAGUGACAGCAGGUACUUUCUGUGCAUUAACAACACUCAUGCAUCAGCUAGAAAAUGAAAACUGUGUGGAUGUUUAUCACGUAGCUAAGAUGAUAAAUUUGAUGAGGCCCGGAGUCUUCACGGACAUUGAUCACUAUCAAUUUCUGUACAAAACUAUUCUCAGUCUUGUUAGCUCAAGGCAAGAAGAAAAUCCUUCAGUAUCCAUAGACAGUAAUGGCUCAGCUUUACCAGAUGGCAAUGCAGCUGAAAGCUUGGAAUCUUUAGUUUGACUACAAAUGGAACACGACAAAUGAUGAUUAUCCAGAGCUGGAAUUUCAGUAUUGUUGCUUUCCCUUUAAAAAAAUAAAAUUAUGUUGCGGGGAGGGAAUGGGGAGAAUUGUCCAGCAAUACAGAUAAUUUUUGUAUUUCCCUUAUUCAAACCAACAGUUGUUGCAUAUGACUUUUACUGCUGAACUUAUAUCAUUAACAAUGUGUGCCUUUUUGAAAAUUUCUUGUUAUACAGUUAGUUAUGUUUGGACUAAUUUGAUUGAACUUUAUUACUGUGUUUCUAAAAAUGAAGUUGUGGUCUCUUUUACAGUAUUAGUUUUCAAUUUCACUGGCUUUAUUUUAACUUAAAAUUUUACCAUAACUAUAGAUGCUAAGGGUUCUCUGCAACAAACAUGUCAUGUUUUAGUAUCCAGUUUACUUGUUAUUUAUAGCAUUCUUUACAUUUGCUAGAAAUAUAAAACUUUUAAUAUGGUAGAAUGUAAAUAUAAUAUUCUUCUCUAUAAUAUUCAACGUUCUAAGAUUUUGGUAGAUAUUUAGAAUAGCUGAUACUUACUGUAAAUAUUUCUAUAGUGAUUCCAUGGACCAAAUUUAUAUUUAUAAUUGUAGAUUUUUAUAUUUUACUACAGAGUCAGUUUUCUAGUUCUGUGUAAUUGCAUUGUUAAAAUUAUGUAGUUCAGUACCUGUUUUUUUAAUUUUAACAAAACAUUUUCUGAUAUAUUAUUAUGCAUCCUAAGUAAGUAACCAUAUCUCUGCAUGCAGUUUUAACUUUUGUGGGAAAUUGAAAUAUACCCAUUUUGAAAUAAGAAGUUUCUAUGAAAAUAACACCUGUACUCAGCACUGUUCAAACUGUUUUUACCCAAGACAUUGCAAAAAUAAAUAUCAGUAUUCCAGACUGUG